AUGAAGCGUAAUCCAAGAAAACUCGCCUGGACGAAAGCCUUCCGAAAAGCCGCGGGCAAAGAAAUGGUUGUCGACGGUACCCUCGCCUUCGCCGCUAAACGCAAUAUUCCUAUCCGCUACGACCGUGACCAGAUCGCUAUCACUGAGAAAGCUAUGGCUCGGUUUGAGGAGGUCAAGCAGAAGAGACAGAGAGUCUUUUACAAGAAGAGAAUGGCGAACAAUAAGGAGAGACAGAGGCAACUGGAUAGGAAGUUGGUCGCUGAGCAGAGUCAUCUACUGCCUAAAAUUAGGGGUAGCGAGAGGAAGAGACUUGAAGAGGAGGGUCUGGUGGCGGAUGGUGAGGAGGUUGAGGGUGUUAGAGAGACAAGCAAGGUGUUUGGCAAGAUGAAGAUUAGGAGGAAGGCGCUUGUUGGUGGGGGUGAGGAGGAGGAGGAUGCGAUGGAGAUGGAUUGA